CAUAUCUAUAUUAUAGUGAAAGUCUAUUAACAUAUUCAUUAUUAUUAUUAUUAUUAACAUAUAUGUGUUAUAGUGAAAGUCUAUUACAUAAAAUAUCUAGUAUAUAGAUUCAUUUGCAAAAAAAUAGGAAUCCUGCUCAGUAACAAAUUACUUUUGUAUUAUAAUCAAAAGGAAAUAUAAAUAAAAUAUUUAUUUUUUAAAAUUUAGCUUGGUGCGUUUUAAGGAUUGUUGAAAAGCAGUUAUCAAUUGAGCGUGUGUAUGAAAAUGCUUAGAAGACGUGCUUAUCCAUUUUCCAUCUUCUUCUCAUCCUUGCUCAAAAAGUAACCCUAAAACUCUUUUAAAAUGAAAUAAAUAACUAAAACUGAACUGCUCCCCCUAAUUAACCCUAUACACAUGAAGUAAAUCAAGUAUUAACCGCUUCUCUCUCACAAAAAAAAAAAAAACUGUCUCUACAUAUAGCAAAUCAAACCCUUUUUUUCAACUUUUUUCUUCCUCCAAAUUUAGUCAUGGAAAAUCAUCCUUUCACUAGUAAUUCCCAUUGUUAUCAUCCUUUUUCUAACAAUUUCCACGAAGAAACACCUAUAUUACCUGUUCAUCAAUCCGUCGAUAAUUUUCACAGUAAUCCAAAAAGGAAAAGAAGUAAAUUUGUUAAAAUCGGUGGUGAUGCUGCUGCUGCAACUUCUGGUAUAAGUAAGCCUAAAAUUACCAAAAAGCCACCAGACCCAACUGCGCCCAAAAUUACUCGGCCUUGUACGGAAUGCGGGAAAAAGUUUUGGUCAUGGAAGGCGCUUUUUGGUCAUAUGCGUUGUCAUCCUGAACGACAAUGGCGUGGUAUUAACCCCCCUCCUAAUAUUAGGCCGCGGCACGAUGUUAAAUCUCGUGAGACUAGUCCUAGAAAAAACCCCAAAUCGGUUUUUGAUGCGAUUGUGACGGAGGAGGAUCAGGAGAUCGCCUCGUGCCUGUUGCAAUUGGCUGGUGGGUCAUCAGAAUUACCUGAUAAUGAAAAUGAAAAUGAAAAUUUUGGUGUUGUUACAUCAGAAGAUCAACAUUGUUCUUCUUCUUCCGGCGGAGGAGGAGGAGGGAAGGAUUUUCGAUUCGAGUGUUCGGGUUGCAAGAAGGUUUUUGGAUCACAUCAGGCAUUAGGUGGACACAGAGCGAGUCAUAAAAACGUGAAGGGUUGUUUUGCUUCAGGAUUAACACAAGCUGUUAAUAAUAAUUUGGAUCUAAAUUUUCCUCCUUCAGUUACAUGUCAUCAUGAAGAUCACCAUGAUUCUUAUUCCUCAGGUUCACCCUUGGAUUUGAGGUUGAAGCUAUAACUAUAUAUACAUAUAUAAUUAAUUAAUUAGUUACUGGGAUAUUGCUAUAUUCUAGAAGCUAUUAGCAAAUUAUACAUCUGUGGUUGCUACUGUUAAAUAAUAUUACUAUUUACUCUUAAACUAGCAACAACUUCGUAGUUAUGUUACUCUUCUAGCUACUUGUUGGUCUUGUUGCAUGUGUUUUACAUGAAAUAUAAUCACUCUAGUGUUCCUAAGCAUUUUGUACAAAAUAAAAAAUUAUUUUAAAAGAUUCUAGACAUGGUUAAACAGG